GCCGCGCGUCGCGGUCGCGCGGAGAUUGGCGUCAGUCGAACCGCAGGGCAGUGCAGCCGGGCAGUGAGGCGAGCUGUCUGGCCUUUAGCCCUUCAUCCUUGGUUAAGGAAAUGACCAACCAGUACAGUAUUCUCUUCAAACAAGAGCAAGCCCAUGAUGAUGCCAUUUGGUCAGUUGCCUGGGGGACAAACAAGAAAGAAAGCUCUGAAACGGUGGUCACAGGAUCCCUGGAUGACCUGGUGAAGGUCUGGAAAUGGCGUGAUGAGAAGCUGGACCUACAGUGGAGUCUGGAGGGCCAUCAGCUGGGUGUGGUGUCUGUGGACAUCAGCCACACCCUGCCCAUUGCUGCGUCCAGUUCUCUUGAUGCUCAUAUUCGUCUCUGGGACUUGGAAAACGGCAAACAGAUAAAGUCUAUAGAUGCAGGACCUGUGGAUGCCUGGACUUUGGCCUUUUCUCCUGAUUCCCAGUAUCUGGCCACAGGAACUCAUGUGGGGAAAGUGAACAUUUUUGGUGUGGAAAGUGGGAAAAAGGAAUAUUCUUUGGACACAAGAGGAAAAUUCAUUCUUAGUAUUGCAUAUAGUCCUGAUGAGUAUCUGGCCAGUGGAGCCAUAGACGGAAUCAUCAAUUUUGAUAUUGCAACCGGGAAACUUCUGCACACGCUGGAAGGCCACGCUAUGCCCAUUCGCUCCUUGACUUUCUCCCCGGAUUCGCAGCUCCUUGUCACUGCUUCAGAUGACGGCUACAUCAAGAUCUAUGAUGUACAACACGCCAACUUGGCUGGCACAUUGAGUGGCCACGCAUCCUGGGUGCUGAACGUUGCAUUUUGUCCUGAUGACACACACUUUGUUUCCAGCUCAUCUGACAGUGUAAAAGUUUGGGAUGUUGGAACGAGGACUUGUGUUCACACCUUCUUUGAUCACCAGGAUCAGGUCUGGGGAGUAAAAUACAAUGGAAAUGGCUCAAAAAUUGUGUCUGUCGGAGAUGAUCAGGAAAUUCACAUCUACGAUUGUCCAAUUUAAACAUCAAUCUUCCAGGCUAAUGCUGCAGAAAGAAUGUAUAGAUUGAUCAUGACAUUCCUUACCUUUCUGGCUUGUUUAAAAGAAAUAUAGCAUUUAUUGUAGCAAACACUUAAAUUUUGUAGAUACAGUAUAAAUCUUUUCAUGUUUUAUUGGAAAUGCCAUUCAUACUGUAACAUAAAGUCUACUUAAUGCAAACACCCAUGUUCUUGAACAUGCUUCUUUUUCAUUUGCCCUGUUACUGGUAGAACAGUGAGAGGAAUCAGCAUCAUUAUGUGAAACCGAGUAUCUGCCUCAGAAAUGAAGACAUCCAGGCACUUACUGAACUUUCCAGUACAGAAAUUCAGGCUCACUCUUCCAAGGAAUGAGUCAUGCAGAAGCUGUAAGAGGAAAGCUAAUCUAUUCAGAAUGGGAUCCUGAAGGAAACAGGAUAUGUGACUGGGUGGGAACAUUCUGUAGUCCUAUCUGGGCAUUCUUCUAUUUGAUAGAUUAAAAAAUGUCCCCUGUCA